GGCUUAAGGCGUUUUUAUAUUAUUCUCUCUUUUUGACUGCUCGCUUCCAUUGUGGCGAGGCGAUUCUCUUCCCAAUCCCAUGGUUUCGGCCUUCUCAAUCUCAAUCUCUGAUUUCUCUAGGGUUUUCUUUCUCCUUGGCGGCUAGGGUUUUGAUUCUUAGCAUCAGUUUCUUUCCCUUUUGCCGCUUUUUUCGUCCUUUCCCUCUCUUCUGCCGCUCUCUUAUUUAUAUUAAUAUAUGACUUUAAUUCCUCCACUUUGUUCAUCCUUUUGAUUCCUUCUUCCAUUGAUCUCGAUUCGCCCGGCAUACGAAUUUGAAACGCACCCAUUUGUUUCUUUUAUUUCUUCUCGGCUAAUUCGACUUCAAUUUGCGUCAGUAUAGUCCGUUUUCGAUUUUCUAUUCGAUUUUCGAUAUCUUCCUCUCAUUCGAUUGUCUAGUUUCUUCUUGUUUUCCUGCUUGAUCACGUCAUCAUACGCAUUGGUUCUGCAAGGAAGUUUCUUCUGUGAUCAUUGUCAAGCAGGAUUGUGUAAACUUUUAUUGCAUUGAAUUUUUUGGUGGCUGAUUCUUUAUUCUCGUCGAUUGAAGAGAGAUUUACUGAUACAAGAACUGGGUUUAAUUUUAGAUAAUGAGUUUCAAUGAUCUUCGAGCCUCUGUUAUGCCGCUGCCUCUGCAUUCUUAUGGUGCCGCCAAUGGCGAUGCCUCUGGUUGCUGGCCUCAGUUUCCCAGGAACGAUCUAUUUGACCCGCAAUCACAGUUUGAGCCGCAGCCGCCACCGUUUAAAAGAGCUAGAAAUUCUGAAGAAAAUCAAUCUGACCCUAUGCCUUAUCCGCCCUCUAAUUCCAGAGUGCACCCACCAAAUGCUCCAGUGAAUAAAGGAGUAAGUAAUAUCUUCUUCAAGACACGGAUGUGUGCGAAAUUUAAGGCUGGUCUGUGUAGGAAUGGCGCAAAUUGCAACUUUGCGCAUGGUGUUGAAGACAUGCGACAACCCCCACCAAAUUGGCAAGAAAUUGUUGGUUUACGCGAGGAUGAUCAAUCAGUAAGCAACUGGAAUGACGAUCAGAAGAUAAUCCAGAAAAUGAAGCUGUGCAGGAAGUUUUAUAAUGGGGAGGAAUGCCCUUAUGGGGAUAGAUGCAAUUUUCUUCAUGAAGAUCCUGCUAAAUUUAGAGACGAUUCGGGUCGAUUUAGGGAGAGUUCAGCUAUAAGUAUUGGAACCACAGGAACUCCAUUGAUGAAUGGAAGUGAUUCUGCUUAUCCAGAAGCAAGCAGGGCAGCUUCUAGUUCUGUUUCAGAUACUCUUCGAGCUACUAAUGUAAAUGUAAGACCUUCAUUCUGGAAGACAAAAUUAUGCACCAAGUGGGAGAUUACUGGUCAUUGCCCCUUCGGUGAAAAAUGCCAUUUUGCCCAUGGCCAAUCUGAGUUACAACUAUCUGUUGGACGUGAUGGGGAAGCAUCUAACUCUGCCCUCAAUAUAAAGCCUCUAGUUGUGGCUGCUGAAGCACCUUCAAGUUCGGCCAUGAGCGCGCCCUCCUCCGCCGUGCCGGAGGGCCAGGGAAAGCGGUGCUUGCUGAAAUGGAAAGGACCCAAGAAGAUAAAUCGCAUCUAUGCUGACUGGCUUGAUGACUUGCCUCUAUCUCCAAGCUCAGCAAGCAAAAUGGAGGGUUGAGUUUUUUGAGUGGUUUUAGUUUUGUUUUGAAGUUGGAUUGGUGAGAUAUUCAAAUUCAAUUGAUUAGUUUCAAUGUCGGAUUUGGGCUGGCGCUGGUUUUCUGAAUCAGAUAGAAGUGUGUAAAAAGUUUUGCUGAGGAUUCGUUGGGGUAUGGAAAAGAAGAGAGUGAGGUAUAUCUUAUUGUUUGUUCUUUAUUGUUCAUCUUCGUUUAUAGUUUUAUUUCAUUGUUGUUCAUAUCCCAUAGAAAACUAUAGUUUGAAAUUUUAAUGUAGUUCAAUAUAUUUCAUCUUUUGCUGAA